AUGGCGAUGCAGUACUUCACGAUGGAGAUUCCCGCGCCAGUCACGACGUCGAUAAGGCCGACGCGGCCGCCACCCACUCUGCGCGCCAAAGUCAGGCGUGCAUGCCACACGUCGUACUCCCCGACACAGCUCGUGCUCCUGCUAUUCACGGUGACCGCCAUCCUCGUCAUCGCCGCCGUCAUUCCGUGGACACUCUACUGCGUGUGCGCAACCCGCAAGUUCCAACUGCGCAUGUCGGCCUCGCCGCUGGAAACGUACAUCAACCCGCGCUCGUCGUUGGCUGCGACUGGCCCCGAGUACUGCAGGCUGUUUAGGGGCCCCACGGGCCUGUACAGCUUGAAGUGUAGAGAUGGCGUGGGCCUCGACGCAGUCUAUGCCGGCCAGGGAGGUUGCAAGGCGCUUGCUUAUGGGCGCGAUGAGUGGUGGCAGCCCGGGAGGUGGUGGGUGAUUGAGUGCGAUGGUCCGGGCGGAAAGGUGCUAGCUUUCGAACUUCACGCAGACAAGAUUUUCACGGCCGUCGGUGCCGAUGUCUUAGACACUCCUCUUGCGGCUGCAGUAUGGUACGGUGUCUAUCUGCACCGUAUGGUGCAGCCAAACAUGCACUUCCGACGAGAAGAUGGUGUUGGGGCGCCACCGGACGGCGACCUAUUCCUGCCAGAUCCGCGCAACGAUAGGAACCGGAAAACGCAGCGGCCAGGACUGUGUGUGCAGCGUGAGCGUGCACGAAGUUGGAACCGGAAGGGGGACGAUGCCGGAUGA